AUUGCAGACACGGAUGUGAAGAAAUCCAAACUCAUGACAGUAUGGGUGGUGUGUGAUGGGCUCAAAGACAAAACAGCAGCAACAUAAAGAUAGAGAAGUGCCUCACAAUGUGUGCCUGCUGACACAGAAUGGUGCAGAAUGGCUCUUUGGAAAUUAUUUCUGGUUUUUGUGCUUCAGUUUGAAGCAGGAAUCAGUGGUGGACCAUACUUUCUCUAUCACAGACCAGGAAAUUAUGUCAUUUUGCCCUGUGACAAUGCACCUGAUAUGUGCUCCACGGUUACCUGGUUUUACAACAGAGAGCCAUCUCAGACAAUACAGGUGGUUUAUCAUGGAGAUGUUAAGAACUCAACCCAAGCUGCUAGACUAAGUCUUCACAGUAACUGCUCUCUGUGCAUCAACAACAUCACUACUGAGGAUGCUGGUGUUUACAACUGUCGGCCUGAGGGGACCACUGGCCAGGACACAACUGUCUAUCUAAAUAUUUUGACUAUUUCAGCAUCUCCAUCAAACCCUGACCUACAGACGAAUGGAAGCAUCACAUUAAAGUGCUCUCUGUUCAGACUCAGUAGCCUCCCUUGUGACGAGAUAAGCAUCCGCUGGGUGGAUGACACAGGAACUGUGCUGCUUGAUAAAGUCAGAUACACUGGACGCACGUGCAUUUCACUUCUAACUGUGAAGCUUCACAGUGACCAGAACAAACGAUACACCUGCCAGAUUGUUGAGGAAAACAAUGUGAAGAUGGAAGCUCACUACACACCUGUCUUCAUAGACUUCAGAGAGUCCAUGGAGCAGUCUCCGCUGAGCUAUGCCAUGUGGCAUCUUCGCAUUGCAGCACUGAUCCUAAUGAUUGUCAUCACUAUUUUAGUCAUCAGAUACAGAGGAAACAAAAAGCUCCUUGAAGAGAGCAACGUUCGUUAUAUUGGUGACUGUGAUGAUGCCACAGUGAUCUAUGAGAAUGUGACAAAGUCUGGCUGACCCUGAACUGCACUGAACUUCAGAGCACAUACUUCAGCUCAACAUUUUCUUAAUCCCUUUGCAACUACUUAGAUUUUCUUUAACUCUUUUGUAUAUUAACAAUAAUGUAAUGUACACCAUCCAACUAAAAAAAUAGACCUGUAACCAGGUUUAGUUUUUUUUCGGUCAAAUCUUACUUUCUACCUACUAAAACUGCAGUAAUGGAGUGAUCCUGAAUGGAGUUAUGCUGCUUCUUGCUUAUAUAACGUUUGAUUCCUGAAGAUAAAUAAAGCUGAAAACUGUGAAUGGAGAAGAAAUGCUCAGUGCAUUAGCAGCCUCAGCCUGUAGCAGCAUAACUAAAGGAUAAUUCAGAGUCAUCUGAACCAUCCCUAUGAGAUUUAUCAAAAAUGAAAAUUAGGAGUCUAAUCCUAAAGCAGCCAUGGCGUCUGACUUCUGAAUCCCAACUGGCAGCACAGGAGAAGAGGCAAAUAGCUGAAAGUGCUGCCUCACAUUCUUCUUUUGGAAACUCUAAAUGCUGAAUCUCAAAAGGUUGAUUCUGCUCACCUGGACGUAGACUUUUCAAUGGGAGAAACGUUUCAUCACUCAUCACUCUCAGCUGACUGCAGG